UUGUAGUAUUGAGCACACGUGCGCAAGUGUUAUUGAGUGGCAUGCAUUUGUGAUGUGUAUAUAUUGAGUGAAAAAGCAAGUUUCGAAUAUUAUUUAUCUAUGUUAUAAUAAAAUUGAAAUUUAUCUUUCAUUUAUGUAAACAAGCAUAACAAAUGUUCUGUUCAAAGGUAUCUCCUCUUUUACGAAAUAUAGCAAGUUCACAUGAUAACGGAUAUACCAAUUUAUUGCAAUAUGCAUUGUGUUCGACGAAAACCACAUUUGUCAGUACAUCCCCCGCCCAACAACAGCCUGCUGCUGAUAAAUUGUAUAAAAAGAUAGAAAUUGAAGUCAGAGGAAAUGACGCUGCUGUCCUAAAAAGUUAUGGACAAUUUGCCGUCAUGGCAGCUGAACAUUUAUCUAUUACUGUUGGCAGAAAUACUACACCAUUGAAACCCAUUCAUGAAAGACUGACACUACUUAAGUCUGUCUUUGUUCACAAAAAACAUCGUGUGCAGUAUGAAUCAAGAACAUAUUACAGAUAUCUAGAUUUUUUUAAAUUGACUGGCUCAACAGCAGAUACCUUUCUAGAAUAUUUACAAAGAAAUCUUCCAGAAGGAGUGGCAAUGAAAACUACAAGGGUGGAAUUACAAACAUUACCAGAAGCAUUAACACAUCCACCUUCAACGACAAAAACAACAACAAAACAAAAAUGAAAUGGAACAAUUUAUAAUAUUAGCUGUAUUUUAGCAUACAAUUAAAUAAAUUAUAUAAAAAUUA